AUGACCGCAUCUCGCCUCGUUCAGCCUGAGGAGGAGCAAGCGAUCACGGUGUUCUGCGGAUCGAGUCCAGGGAAGGACUCUGUAUAUGGCGAGGCGACGGAUCAGCUAGCUCGGGCACUGGCGCGACGAGGGGUCACCUUGAUCUUUGGAGGAGGUACGAAGGGCUUGAUGGGCCGCGUCAGCUCGAAGGCGCUGGACGAGGGCGGCAAGGUCCACGGAAUCAUCCCUGCGGCCUUCCUCUCUGCCGAAGCGCCUGAUCGGGCGAACAGCACGCGACCAAACGAGCAAGAAACUGUGGUUGGAUCGAUGCACGAGCGGAAGAAGCUGAUGGCCGACUUGUCCUACGCUUUCAUCGGUCUACCAGGCGGUUACGGCACGCUCGAGGAAGUCGCAGAAAUGACGACAUGGAGUCAGAUUGGUGUUCAUCUGAAGCCUGUCGUCCUGCUCAACAUUAACGGGUUCUAUUCGUCGCUGCGAGAAUUCAUCGAUCACGCUAUCUCAUCCGGCUUUAUCUCAGAGUCAAACCGCAACUUCCUCGUCUUCGUCGACCAACCCGAAUCAGGCGACUGGGGCGAGGCGGCGCUGCAGGCCAUCGACGAUUGGAAGGCGAAGGGCGCGGGAGGAGCGGUGCCUUACUCGUUCGAGUGGAGCGAGGACCGGAAGAAGGGCAGGGAGGUCCUCUAG